CCUGACAGAAGUGGUCGCCCACACCACCGCCUCCCCAUCUUCGCCUCUUCGCUCGUUGUCGUUAUCAUUUACGCGAAUUGGUGUCUUAUAAAAGUUGAGCAAUUGAAAUGGGGGAGAAACUAGCCGCUACUGCGCGGACGCCGGCGAAAACGCCGUCUACGGCUAAAAAGGCACCCUCGACGGGCAAGCAGCAGAGUAUUCUCGGGUUCUUCUCUAGGAAAGGCGCGGCCGAAGCCACGAACGGGGCCAGUCCCACGCCAUCCACCAAGCCGAUAUCCACGACGGACAAGAGGGACUCGUCGCCCCAAUGCCUGAAGGAGACGACUCGGGCCAACUCGAUGCUGGUCCAGAGACGCCCAACCAAUGUCACUCCGGUCCCCAGCAGCGACGCCAUCGAACCAUCAAGCUCCCAAGAGAACAGGAGCACGGGCACGCUGAAGGUGACCGGCAUCCAUGUCACUUCGCCCACCACUCCUGCUAAGAUUGUGCAGAAGGCGACCGUCGGCCCAAAGGCAGGCUUGCACAGCAGUCCGUCCCGGAAGGCCAAGAAAGCCAUCAACUAUGCUGAAACCUCCGACGAGGACGAUGAUGGCGUCCUCGCGACGAUGAAGGCGAGGCGGACCAAACAACGCCGCUCCCGCGCUGCAGUUCUGGAUGAGGACGAAGAGAACGCAUAUCAGGCUGAGCCUAACGACAUAGAGGAUGACGAUGACGACCUCGCAGACUUCGUGGUCUCCGACGACUCUGACGUCCCGUCUAGGUCAAAGAAGAGGAAGCGACCGGCAACCAAGCCCACAGCCCCGCGCAAAAAGCUCAAUCGCUCUUCCUCGCCGGAUCCACGUUCACCUCCAGCAGACGGUGACGCGGAUAUGGAGGAUAUACCCCCUUCAACUUCAACUGCACAGAAGUGGAAGUACGACCCGGAAAAUGUCCAGCCCAGCGAGCCGGCGGCCCGAGUUUCCCUUCCUACACCAAAGUCAACAGGCCCGAAACCGAAACCCAAGCCACACACAAAGGAGCCUGAAGAGCGAUACCCGUGGCUAGCCAACAUUCUGGACGGCAGCAAGAACCCUCCUGGCCACCCCGAUUUCGACCCAACGUCCAUCUAUAUUCCCCCACUUGCCGAGAAGAACUUCUCGCCGUUUGAGAAGCAGUACUGGGAUAUCAAGAAGAAUCUAUGGGAUACCAUCGUCUUCUUCAAAAAAGGCAAAUUCUACGAGCUCUACGAGAACGACGCGACCAUCGGGCACCAGCUGUUCGACCUCAAGCUCACAGACCGCGUCAAUAUGCGCAUGGUUGGCGUCCCCGAGAGCUCCCUGGACAUGUGGGUCAAUCAAUUCGUGGCCAAGGGCUACAAGGUAGCGCGGGUCGACCAGAUGGAGUCGGCCCUGGGCAAGGAGAUGCGCGAGCGCGAGUCCAACGCCAAAAAGGCCGACAAGAAGGCCGACAAGAUCAUCCGCAGAGAGCUUACGUGCAUCCUCACUGGCGGCACGCUCGUGGAUGGCAGCAUGCUUCAGGACGACAUGGCCACGUACUGUGCUGCCAUCAAGGAGUCCAUGGUCGACGACAAGCCAGCCUUCGGCAUUGCGUUUGUUGAUGCUGCCACUGGCCAGUUUUUCCUCUCCGAGUUUGAGGACGACGUCGACUUGACCAAGUUUGAGACCUUUGUCGCCCAGAUAUCUCCCAGGGAGCUGGUCCUGGAGAAGUCCCGCCUAUCCACGAAAGCGCUGCGCAUUCUCAAGAACAACACUGGGCCAACUACCAUCUGGAAUUACCUUAAACCGGGAUCCGAGUUCUGGGACGCCGAUCACGCCAGACGUGAGCUGGACUGUAGCGCUUAUUUUACCUCGGACGAGGACGAGGACAAGGAGGAAACGUGGCCCAAGAAGCUCAGCGAGGCGAAAAACAAAGAUUUGGCAAUAUCAGCUCUCGGAGGCCUGACUUACUACCUCCGCAUCUUGAAACUCGACCAGAAUUUGCUGUCACAGGGCAACUUUGACUGGUACCAUCCCAUUCACCGGAAUGGUACCCUUAUCCUGGACGGCCAGAGCCUGAUCAACUUGGAGAUCUUUGCCAACACGGUCAACGGCGGUCCCGAGGGCACUCUGUUCAAUCUCCUCAACAGGUGCAUCACGCCUUUCGGCAAGAGACUCUUCCGGCAGUGGGUCUGCCAUCCUCUAUGUAACAUCCAAAAGAUCAAUGAGCGGCUCGAUGCGGUCGACAUGCUGAAUGCAGACCGAAGCAUUGUGCAGCAGUUCUCGUCUCAGAUGGCAAAGAUGCCCGACCUCGAGAGACUCCUGUCUCGCAUCCACGCCGGAGCUUGCAGGCCCGAGGAUUUCGUCCGGGUUCUCGAAGGGUUCGAGCAGAUUGACUACACUAUGGGCCUUUUGAGUGCAUUUAGGGGCGGCAACGGCUUGGUCGACAGGCUCAUUGCGGCGAUGCCCGAUCUCAAAGGGAUCCUGGGCUACUGGGAGACUGCCUUCGACAGGACGAAGGCUCGGGAUGGCAAGAUCCUGAUUCCCGAGAGGGGCAUUGAGGAGGACUUUGACAGCAGCCAGGACGAGAUUGAGCGGAUCAAGGAGGAACUCCACGCGCUGCUCGACAGGCAAAAGACGGCUCUCCGGUGCAAGACGGUCAAAUUCACGGAUGUCGGCAAGGAGAUCUACCAGAUUGAGGUCCCAAAGUCUGUCAAGGUUCCUUCGAGCUGGCGCCAGAUGUCCGCCACCUCGGCCGUGAAACGGUACUACUACAGGGAGCUGGAAGACCUCGUACGCGAGCUGCAGGAAGCCGAGGAGACGCACUCCCAGAUUGUGAAGGAAGUGGCGUCGCGCUUCUUCAAGCGCUUCGACGUCGACUAUGAGGUCUGGCUGCAGGCGAUCCGCAUCAUCGCCCAGCUGGACUGCCUGAUCAGCCUGGCAAAGUCGUCAUCCGCCCUGGGCGUCCCCAGCUGCCGACCCGUGUUUGUCGAUGACGAGCGGAGCGUGGUCGAGUUCAAGGAGCUCCGCCACCCCUGCAUGAUGAACACCGUCGCCGACUUCAUCCCCAACGACAUCAAGCUCGGCGGCGACGAAGCCAAGAUCAACCUUCUCACGGGCGCCAACGCAGCCGGAAAGUCAACCAUCCUCCGCAUGUCGUGCAUCGCGGUAAUAAUGGCCCAGAUAGGCUGCUAUGUCCCAGCCUCAUCAGCGGUUCUCACCCCGAUCGACCGCAUCAUGUCACGGCUGGGGGCAAACGACAACAUCUUUGCGGCGCAGAGCACCUUUUUUGUGGAGCUCUCCGAGACGAAAAAGAUACUCGCCGAAGCCACCCCCCGCUCGCUCGUCAUUCUCGACGAGCUUGGCCGCGGCACGUCGUCGUACGACGGCGUCGCAGUUGCCCAGGCCGUCCUGCACCACGUCGCGUCGCACAUUGGCUGCGUCGGCUUCUUCGCCACGCACUACCACAGUCUGGCGGCUGAGUUUGCGCACCACCCGGAGGUCAGGGCGCGGCGCAUGCAGAUCGAGGUUGAUGAGGCGCAGAGGAGGGUCACGUUCUUGUAUCGGCUCGAGGACGGCGUCGCCGAGGGGUCGUUUGGUAUGCAUUGCGCGGCCAUGUGUGGGAUCCCGGGGAGGGUGAUUGAGAGAGCCGAGGUGGCGGCGAAGGAAUGGGAGCAUACGAGUCGACUGAAGGAGAGUUUGGAACGGGCGAAGGAGGGGUGUUAUAUCCCGCUUGGGGUGUUGAGUGAUGUGGCGAGAUUGCUGAGGAGUGGUUGGGAGGGCGAGGUGGAGGAGAGAGGGGUUGAGGUGCUGUUGAGGGCUAUUGAGGCGCUUUGAGGGGAUGAUGGAGGCUAUUAAUAUGAAGAGCUCGGUGCCGGCUGAGAGUGCUUGUUGACGCCGUUGGUCGGGUUGUUGCUAUAGUGCACUGUUUCGCUUGAGACUUGGCUUCCUUCACAUGAGUAGUAGCGGGGCCAUGGUGUUCAGGACGUGGGGUGUAGUCAGUGGUCGUCUUGCUUUGUAGGUGGUUGUUGCGGGCUUGAUAUGGGUACAACUUGUGGGUUCAAUACCUGUUAAUGGAACUGUACCUCAAUCAAGAC